AUGAAUGGUACUAAAGCUUUGCUUAAGGAGAUAAUAGAUAGAUUGAAUGCAUUAAAUUUUGACGAUCAUGUUGAAGUGGUAAUCGCCCCGCCGACAUUAUAUCUCGACCUGGCUCGUAAUACUGCUAAGAAGGAUAUCAGUAUUGCUGCUCAGAAUGCCUUUAAUUAUACUAAAGGAGCUUACACUGGUGAGGUCAGUCCUGAGCAAUUAAAAGACAUUGGCGCUGAUUGGGUAAUCUUGGGUCACUCAGAGCGUCGAGAGAUCUUUAAAGAGUCGGAUGAUUUUGUCGCUUCUAAAGUAGCACACGCUUUAAAAGCCGACAUGAAAGUUAUAGUCUGCAUUGGAGAAAAAUUGGAGGAACGAGAGUCUGGAAAAACUGAGGAGGUUGUGAUCAGACAAUUUCAAGCUGUAGCUAAGAAUAUCAAUGAUUGGAAAAAUAUCGUAAUUGCUUACGAACCUGUUUGGGCUAUCGGUACAGGAAAAGUGGCAACACCACAACAAGCACAAGAGGUUCAUGUUAUUAUUCGAAAAUGGUUAAAAGAUAACGUAUCCGAAAAAGUGGCCAAUGAUACACGUAUUAUCUACGGAGGUUCUGUUAAUCAAACGAAUUCUCCUGAACUUGCGAAACAAUGUGAUAUUGAUGGAUUUCUUGUAGGUGGUGCUUCUUUAACAGAACAGUUUAUUAAAAUUGUUGAAUGUUUUAUACCAUAA